AUGAACAAAUCGCCGUACGCGGCCACCUCUCGGCCGGUGCGUACAGAAUCCCCUUCGUUUGCGCCAAUCUACUUCGACGCCUCUACCCUCGAUGAAGAGCAAAUCGAAUCGCUCCUCGCGGAGCAACCCAUCGUAUUCGGUCUCGGACGAGUCCCCGGCGACCAUAAGGACGCCGUCGUCUAUCUCCCAUCCGAUGUCACCAUUCCGCAGCUUCAUUCGUGGCCCGCAACCUCAGGCGAUGUGUUCUACAUCGUCACUACUACUCCGACCGCCGAGUUCGUCACCAAUUCCCUGGCACACAUUAUUCCGCCCUCCACCGCCAUCCGAGGACGUUCGCCGACUGCGAGUGUCCAUAGCUGCCUCGAAGGAGAAAGCCAGACGUUGGCUACAGAUUCAGCGCCUCCGCCUCCGGAUGAAGGUGCUGACCGUCGAGCAUCGAAGCGCCCGCGCAUCGAAACGCCUCCGCCUGAGGAUGAAGAGAUUGUGCCGGAGACAGUUCCGCCGUCCCCGUCUCUCUCUCUCGCGCAUAUUCCGACGAAUCCGCCUCUCCCGAACGACAUCGACCAUACGUACCGCGAUAUCCGCACCUGCCGUCCGAUUCGCCCGCAAACACUCACGUCCCCAACGCCAUCGGAGUGGGAACUGGACGCACGUCUAGAGCUUCCAGGUCCAUCGCGAAGGCUCGAGGAUGCCGACAUCUCAUCCAUUGUAGCAACCUACUCCUCGUCGCCUACGUCGUACUUCUGCGGAGCGGCCAUGUCCGGCCCAUCCGAUCCUUCGACAAGCAGAUAUCGACCUUCACGAUCGCGCUCUUACUCGCCGACGCAACGACCAGCGUCAUCGCCGGGCCCGUCUAUCCGACGGCCCUCUUUCGCUCGACGGACGGGAGGACCACCAGUACAUGCGUACCAUCAGGAGGACGUUAUGUCCGAUCAUCCCGACGCUUCACCCAUGACUGAAGAACAGUUCGACGCCUUCCUGGAACGUCUCGAGCACGUCGAAUCGCUCUUGCUGGAACACUCGGUCAACGCGCGACGCGGAACGACCGCCGUACGGAAUUCGAUUAAGAAGAUCCAGGAGUCCCUCGAGUCGUUUCAGAACGACGUCUGGGAGACGGUCCGCCGUUGCCAAAUGCAUGGCCUCAUCCCUCAGCAUCGCCGAGCCGAUUCCGACGAUCUCUAG